AUGUCGUCCAUACCUCCUCCACCUCCUCCCGGAUGGAGCUCUUCAGCUCCUCCUUCUCUGCCUCUGGGCGCGCCACCUGCCUCUGCAGCGCCUCCUGGCUAUCGACCUCCAGCAGAUCCACAGGUGGCCAAAUUUGCGCAGAAGAAGAAAGAAUGGUUACGAUCGCAACGGAAUCGAUUUGGAGAGAAACGGAAGGGAGGAUUUGUCGAGACGCAGAAGGCUGAUAUGCCUCCCGCGCAUCUACGAAAGAUUGUGAAGGAUAUUGGAGAUGUUUCGCAGAAGAAGUUCAGCAGCGACAAGAGAAGUUACCUUGGUGCGCUGAAAUUUAUGCCUCACGCCGUUAUGAAACUACUAGAGAAUAUGCCCAUGCCUUGGGAGUCAGCGAGGGAGGUUAAGGUCCUCUACCACGUCAACGGAUGUCUAACUUUGGUCAACGAGACCCCGAGAGUCAUCGAACCUGUUUUCCACGCACAAUGGGCUACGAUGUGGGUAUGCAUGAGGAGGGAGAAGAGCGAUCGAAGACAUUUCAAGCGGAUGCGAUUCCCUCCUUUUGAUGACGAAGAGCCGCCUCUAUCUUGGUCAGAGAACAUCGAAGACGUCGAGCCUUUAGAACCAAUUCAGAUGGAGCUGGACGAUACGGAAGAUGGAGCAGUGUAUGAGUGGUUCUAUGAAAACAGGCCGCUUCUGGAUACACCUCAUGUCAACGGACCAAGUUACAAAGAAUGGAACCUCUCACUGCCGCAGAUGGCGACUCUCUAUCGACUCAGUCACCAACUGCUAAGUGACCUGGUGGACAAGAACUACUUCCAUAUGUUCGACCUCAACAGUUUCCUCACAGCCAAGGCUUUGAAUUUGGCAGUUCCAGGAGGUCCAAGAUUCGAACCGUUAUACAAAGAUGUUGAUCCCAACGACGAGGACUUCGGCGAGUUCAACGCCAUUGACCGUAUUAUUUUCCGCGCUCCCAUUCGAACCGAGUACCGAGUCGCUUUUCCAUUCUUGUACAAUUCCCUUCCACGCAGCGUAAAGCUGUCUUGGUAUUCACAUCCACAGGUGGUGUAUAUUCGUGCUGAAGACCCCGGUCUGCCAGCUUUCUACUUCGAUCCUGCAAUCAAUCCUAUUUCGUCAAGAUCGGUCGCACCACAAAACAUAACUGUCAGCCACGAAGAUGAGAUAUUUGGGCACGGCAGCAAUGAAGAGCCGGAAGAUGAUGCAUUCGAACUUCCUGCUGAAGUUGAACCUUUCUUUGCGGACGAGGAAGUCUACACAGAUGACACUACUUCUGCUAUUGCGUUGUGGUGGGCUCCAUUUCCCUUCGAUAGACGCUCAGGACGUAUGGUUCGAGCACAGGAUGUUCCCCUGGUCAAACAAUGGUAUCUUGAACACGUCUCUCGGGAGCAACCGGUCAAGGUCCGUGUGUCGUAUCAAAAACUUCUGAAGACGUUCGUAUUGAACGAGCUCCACAAGAGGAAGCCAAAGUCCCAGAAUAAGCAAAGCUUGAUGAAGUCUUUGAAACAGACAAAGUUUUUCCAGCAAACAAGCAUAGACUGGGUUGAGGCUGGCCUCCAAGUCUGCCGUCAAGGUUUCAACAUGCUCAACCUCCUCAUCCAUCGCAAGAACCUCACAUAUCUACAUCUUGACUACAACUUCAACCUGAAGCCCGUAAAGACGUUGACUACCAAGGAGAGAAAAAAGUCCCGUUUUGGCAAUGCUUUCCAUCUAAUGCGCGAGAUUCUGAAAUUGACAAAAUUGAUUGUUGACGCACAGGUUCAAUACAGACUUGGCAACAUUGAUGCCUUCCAACUCGCUGAUGGCAUCUUAUACGCCUUCAACCACGUUGGUCAGCUUACGGGGAUGUAUCGUUACAAGUACAAGCUCAUGCAUCAAAUCCGCUCGUGCAAAGACUUGAAGCAUCUAAUCUACUAUCGAUUUAACUCUGGUCCAGUAGGCAAGGGUCCUGGGUGUGGAUUCUGGGCUCCAGCUUGGAGAGUCUGGUUAUUCUUCAUGCGAGGUAUCAUUCCUCUACUUGAGCGAUGGCUGGGAAAUCUUUUGUCAAGACAAUUCGAGGGCAGACAUAGCAAGGGAGUUGCAAAGACAGUCACGAAGCAACGUGUGGAGUCUCACUAUGAUCUUGAGCUCCGUGCCUCUGUCAUGGCUGAUUUGAUGGACAUGAUGCCAGAGGGAAUCAAGCAAAACAAAGUCAACACUGUCCUGCAGCAUCUUUCCGAAGCCUGGAGAUGUUGGAAGAGUAACAUUCCUUGGAAGGUACCCGGUCUGCCAGCGCCCAUCGAGAACAUCAUCCUUCGUUACGUCAAGAGCAAGGCUGAUUGGUGGAUUUCUGUGGCUCAUUACAACAGAGAGCGCAUUCGGCGAGGUGCAACUGUUGACAAGACCGUUGCGAAGAAGAAUUUAGGUCGCCUUACCCGGCUCUGGCUGAAGGCAGAGCAAGAACGACAACAUAAUUACAUGAAGGAUGGUCCAUAUGUGUCUUCCGAGGAAGCUGUGGCUAUAUACACUACUACUGUGCACUGGCUCGAGUCUCGAAAAUUCUCACCUAUUCCCUUUCCUAGUGUCUCCUACAAGCAUGACACGAAGAUUCUGAUUCUCGCUCUUGAGCGACUUCGAGAGGCAUACUCAGUUAAGGGCAGACUGAAUCAGAGCCAGCGUGAGGAAUUGGCGUUGAUUGAACAGGCAUACGACAGCCCUGGAACAACACUUGAGAGAAUUAAACGUUUCCUUCUUACCCAAAGAGCUUUCAAGGAAGUUGGCAUUGAUAUGAAUGACAAUUACAGCACGAUCAAUCCGGUCUAUGACAUCGAGCCAGUCGAAAAAAUCAGCGAUGCCUAUUUGGAUCAGUAUUUGUGGUAUCAAGCAGAUCAGCGCCACCUCUUCCCCGCGUGGAUCAAGCCCUCUGAUUCAGAAGUCCCUCCAUUGCUCACGUAUAAAUGGGCACAAGGUAUUAACAAUCUCGACAAAGUUUGGGAAUCUGCCGAUGGAGAGUGUAACGUUAUGAUCGAGACGCAACUAUCAAAAGUUUACGAAAAAAUCGAUCUUACACUCCUCAACCGACUGCUUAGACUCAUCAUGGAUCACAAUCUUGCUGAUUAUAUCUCAUCAAAGAACAAUGUUCAGUUGACAUACAAAGACAUGAACCACGUCAAUAGUUAUGGUAUGAUCCGUGGUCUUCAAUUCUCUGCCUUCGUCUUCCAAUACUAUGGCCUUGUUCUUGACUUGCUGCUUCUUGGUCUGCAACGUGCAAGCGAGAUUGCUGGUCCACCGCAAAGUCCCAAUGACUUCUUGCAGUUCCGAGAUCGCGAGACAGAGACAAGACAUCCUAUCAGAUUAUAUACCAGAUAUAUUGAUCGCAUCUGGGUCUUCUUCCGAUUUACUGCCGACGAGUCCCGUGAUUUGAUCCAACGUUUCCUCACUGAACAGCCGGAUCCCAACUUCGAGAAUGUCAUUGGUUACAAGAAUAAGAAGUGCUGGCCACGAGAUUCGCGUAUGCGCCUCAUGAGACACGAUGUCAACCUUGGGCGCGCUGUGUUCUGGGACUUGAAGAAUCGGUUGCCAAGAUCUGUUACUACGAUCGAAUGGGACGACACCUUCUCCAGCGUGUACAGCAGAGACAAUCCGAAUCUGUUGUUCGCCAUGUGCGGCUUUGAAGUCCGAAUUUUACCAAAGAUUCGCAAUCAGAAUGACGAAUUCCCGGUGAAGGACAGUGUCUGGUCUUUAGUUGAUAACACAAGCAAGGAAAGAACAGCUCAUGCUUUCCUUCAAGUUACGGAGGAGGAUAUUGCAAAGUUCAACAAUCGUAUUCGCCAAAUUUUGAUGUCCUCGGGCUCCACCACCUUCACCAAGAUUGCCAACAAGUGGAACACGAGUUUGAUUGCAUUGUUUACGUAUUACCGUGAAGCAGCCGUUUCAACCGUCAAUCUUCUCGAUACUAUCGUCAAAUGUGAAACGAAGAUCCAGACCCGAGUCAAGAUUGGACUUAACUCGAAGAUGCCUUCUCGAUUUCCGCCUGCUGUCUUCUAUACCCCGAAGGAACUUGGAGGUCUCGGUAUGAUAUCUGGCUCCCACAUCCUCAUUCCAACGAGCGACAAACGUUGGUCGAAGCAAACAGAUGUUGGCGUCACUCAUUACCGGGCUGGUAUGAGCCACAAUGAGGACACACUGAUUCCGAAUAUCUUCAGAUACAUUAUUCCUUGGGAGGCUGAAUUCAUCGACUCUCAACGGGUGUGGACAGAGUACUCUCAAAAGCGUCAAGAAGCCAAUCAGCAGAACAGAAGACUCACACUCGAAGAUCUUGAGGAUAGUUGGGAUCGCGGUCUACCUCGUAUUAAUACUCUAUUCCAGAAGGAUCGAAGCACCUUGAGUUUUGACAAGGGUUUCCGAGCACGUACUGAGUUCAAAACUUACCAGCUGAUGAAGAGCAAUCCCUUCUGGUGGACAAGUCAGCGGCACGACGGAAAGCUAUGGAAUUUGAACGCCUACCGGACAGAUGUGAUACAAGCGCUGGGCGGAGUCGAGACAAUUCUUGAGCACACCUUAUUCAAAGCUACCGCUUUCCCAUCCUGGGAGGGUUUGUUCUGGGAGAAAGCAUCAGGUUUCGAGGAGUCGAUGAAAUUCAAGAAGCUGACCAACGCUCAAAGAUCCGGUCUCAACCAGAUUCCGAAUCGUCGUUUCACCCUCUGGUGGUCCCCUACUAUAAACAGGGCGAAUGUUUAUGUUGGUUUCCAGGUUCAGUUGGAUCUGACUGGAAUCUUCUUGCAUGGCAAGAUCCCGACUUUGAAGAUUUCUCUCAUUCAAAUUUUCAGAGCUCAUUUGUGGCAAAAGAUCCAUGAGUCUGUCGUCAUGGAUAUUUGUCAAGUGCUCGAUCAAGAACUCGAGCAGUUAGGCAUUGAGACUGUGCAAAAAGAAACCAUCCAUCCCAGAAAGUCGUACAAGAUGAAUAGCUCCUGUGCAGACAUUUUGCUAUUCGCAAGUCACAAGUGGAACGUGACACGACCUUCAAUUCUAUUCGAUACCAAAGAUGUAAUUGAGCCUACCACGACGAACAAGUUCUGGGUGGAUGUUCAGCUGCGUUAUGGCGAUUACGAUUCUCAUGACAUAGAACGAUACGUUCGGGCCAAAUAUCUUGACUACACUACCGACAGCAUGAGUAUCUACCCGUCUGCUACCGGUCUCAUGAUUGGUAUUGAUCUUGCUUACAAUCUUUAUUCGGCCUAUGGUCAGUAUUUCCCCGGUCUGAAAACGCUCAUCCAGCAAGCUAUGGCCAAGAUUAUGAAGGCAAAUCCUGCUCUAUAUGUCCUUCGAGAGCGUAUUCGCAAGGGUCUUCAGCUGUAUGCUUCUGAGAGCAACCAAGAAUUUCUGAACUCCCAAAAUUACUCAGAGCUUUUCAGCAAUCAAAUCCAAUUGUUCAUCGACGAUACCAAUGUCUAUCGUGUUACGAUCCAUAAGACAUUCGAGGGCAACUUGACCACCAAACCUAUCAAUGGCGCCAUUUUCAUAUUCAACCCUCGAACUGGUCAGCUGUUCCUGAAAAUCAUUCACACUAGUGUCUGGGCUGGCCAGAAGCGUCUAGGACAAUUGGCUAAAUGGAAGACCGCUGAAGAGGUCGCUGCUCUGAUUCGAUCACUGCCAAUUGAGGAGCAACCUAAGCAACUGAUUGUGACCCGUAAAGGUCUUCUCGAUCCUCUCGAAGUCCAUUUACUUGAUUUCCCGAACAUAUCGAUUCGUGCAUCUGAGCUUCAGCUACCUUUCCAGGCUGCUAUGAAGGUUGAGAAACUUGGUGAUAUGAUUCUACGAGCCACUGAACCCCAAAUGGUACUGUUCAAUCUUUAUGAUGAAUGGUUGAAGUCCAUUUCGUCUUACACGGCCUUCUCUCGUCUCAUCUUGAUUCUGCGGGCUCUUCAUGUGAACCAGGAUAGAACAAAGUUGCUUCUGCGACCCGACAAGACAGUCAUCACUCAAGAUCAUCACAUUUGGCCAUCUCUGUCGGAAGAUGAUUGGAUCAAGGUUGAAACACAAUUACGAGACCUCAUCUUGAAUGACUACGGCAAGAAGAACAAUGUCAAUACUUCAAGUUUGACUAGCAGCGAAGUCCGGGAUAUCAUUCUUGGAAUGGAAAUCAGUGCACCGUCAAUGCAGCGCCAGCAAGCUGCUGAAAUUGAGAAGCAGCAGCAGGAGCAACAGCAAUUGACUGCUGUGACCACCAAAACCCAGAAUGUCCAUGGCGAAGACAUCAUUGUGACCACAACCUCUCAGUUCGAGCAACAGACGUUUGCUUCCAAGACCGAAUGGAGAACUAGGGCAAUCGCAACCUCGAAUCUUCGGACACGAGCGAAUAACAUCUACAUUUCGUCGGAUGACAUCAAAGAAGAUGAUCAUUUCACCUACAUCAUGCCAAAGAACAUUCUCAAGCGAUUUAUCACAAUUGCAGAUCUUCGUGUGCAAGUAGCCGGAUACUUGUAUGGGUCGUCGCCUCCAGAUAACGAUCAAGUCAAAGAAAUCCGAUGCAUAGUCAUGGUUCCCCAAAUCGGAAGCACACGCGAUAUCCAACUGCCUCAGCAAUUGCCACAACACGAGUACUUGGAUCAGUUGGAACCCCUCGGAAUAAUCCAUACCGUCUCUGGAAACGAACCGCCAUACAUGACCGCGAUGGAUGUCACACAGCACUCACGUCUAAUGAAUGCACACAGCUCAUGGAACAACAAGACCAUUUCAAUGACAGUUUCCUUUACUCCUGGAAGCGUGUCUCUCGCAUCAUGGGCUCUAACACCUCAAGGAUACAAAUGGGGCGCAGAAAACAAGGACAUGGGAAGCGAUCAGCCUCAAGGGUUCAGCACGAGUAUGGGGGAGAAGUGCCAGCUUCUACUAAGCGACAAGAUCCGCGGAUAUUUCCUAGUUCCCGAGAAUAACUCCUGGAACUAUAGCUUCAUGGGAAGCACGUUUGGAGGAAUCGAGAAGAAGCCGGUUCAUGUUAAGAUCGACACGCCACUACCGUUCUACAAUGACCAGCACCGACCUCUCCAUUUCCAGAAUUUCGCCCAAUUAGAGGAUCUUUGGGCUGACCGAGAUGAUAAUUUUGCGUAG